AUGUGUGUGUGUGUUGGAGGGUGGUAAUUCAAUUUCUUUGGCUGUGCAACACCAGCCAACAUGACAUAUAUCCACAUAAACAUCCAGCUAUUAUCAAUCUAUCCAACAAAACCAAUUUAUCACUACAUAGACUCAGUCAGUCAAGCCGCUGUUUAGUAGUAAAAACGGAUGUGAUUGCUCGUAUAAAAAUCUGAGGUGGAAACACUGUUUUACUUGGACGUCAUGAGUUGAUCUAUAUACAUAUACAUAUAUAUAUAUGUAUAUAUAUAUAUAUGUAUGCAUACACAUAUGUGUAUGUCAACUUGUUGAAAUUCAAAACCUACAAAAAAUUUAAACAGUUAAGUAUGUUUUCUACCGCUUGCAAUUAAUCAUGUACUUAUAAAACAUACUAUAUUAUAAGUUGAAGAGAACUUCCAUCAUGUCUUCAAGUUGCUUUCUUCGACCACUUCCUCUCUCCAUGUUUCUACUCAUCUCAUUCUCCCUUGUAUAUUUGGUCUUUGAUGCAUAUUCAGUCUACAAGAUUCCAUUUCGUCUUCUUCCACGGAAAACUGAGCAUGACCGAAAUCGUGACUAUUCUCGGUGGCCAACCUACAAGCACAUGAACUUUAAUAAUGAAUGGUUCAAGUUACACUGUUGGAACAAUGAGAAAAUUUCAAUCUCUAAUCUAUAUUCUGUCCUGAAGACACUAAAAAUGUCUUCACUAAAUGAGUGCAGAGAACUGUACGACAGAAUCUCCAGUAUAUUCAGUGUAACUCAGAGGUCAGGUCAACUUGUGCUACCAUCCCCAUUUGUUGUGAAAGUGAGAAAAUGGUUAGGUGGGAAUCCAUCAUUAUUUGCAGAAGCUAAAUAUCAGCACAUCACUCUUGCCUUUAAUGAAUACACACGUGACAAUACUAUGUUUAAUCCUCUUCGCUCAAAACGUCCUCUCCAGAAACCAAAUCAACCACAAAGAGAAUAUGUGGAAAAAUUAUCUGAGAAGACUGGUCAAAACUGUGACUUUUGUAAAUAUUCAAAUUUUACUGCUGAAGAUUUGUUUGGACGUAUUGAAUCAAAACACUCAUUCACAGCUGCAAAUGCCUUUAAAUAUGAUGCAUGGCAUGCUUUAGUUAUUACAAGGAAACAUCAUCCAUUGAAAUGGUCUGAAGAUAUAUUUUUAGACUGUAUGAAAGUAGCUAGAGAAUGGUAUGAAAAAGUACAUUCAGUAGAUAUCCGCUACAAAUUACCAACGUUAUUGUGGGAUCUGCUGCCCCAUGCCAGUGCCAGCCAAGUUCAUCCACAUAUGCAUAUCAAUCUACUUCCAGACAGAUAUUAUGGGGUUAUAGAAAACUGGCGUAUUGCAGCUGAACACUUCAGUAAUGAUUAUCCAGAAAGAAACUAUUUCUCAGAAGUACUCUACAUCCAUUCAAUGUUAGACUUGGCUUUCCAUUAUAAAACUGCCGCUGCAUUUGCUAAUAUUACGCCAAAGAAAGAUAAUGAAAUUGUUGUUCUUGGUGAAGCCCCCAACGAUGAUUUUUUUAAACUGUUGUACUAUGUACUAAGAGCUUAUAUUGAUGACAUGGAAAAACUUUGUUUUAGUAUGGCUAUUGCAUUUCCAAGUAUUUUGAAGGAGGAUGUCACAGGUCGCUUACCUGUCUAUGCACGGCUGAUAUCUCGAGGUACAGUUGGUGAAGUACGCUCUGAUAUCAGCUCCCUGGAGCUAUUUGCGGCAUCCAAUGUAAAUGUCGACCCAUUUCAAGUGGCUACCAAAGUCCGGAAUUUUAUUGCAAAAAUGACCAGUGCUAAAAGUUAACUCUUCACCAGUAUUAUUGUUGCUAUUAUUUUUAUUUAAAUUUUUUCUUCAUCAUUUCAAAGUGCUCUUGAUGUUGCUGCAGCCUUUGUAUUAGAGCUCUGUUAGUUUCAUUGUCUUACAUUGCAUGCUCUAAUGGCUGGCUACCGUAGCCCAUCAUUUGGCAUUUGAAUGAUUUCUUGAUCUCUGUAUAGACACACUGCAGCAUGUGUUGCUUUGUCACAUGGGAUUUUGAACAAUGCAUUCGGCAAUUCCAGUCUUUCAAAUCUUUAUAAACUCUGUAUUGAUAAAUGAUCACUUGCACAACAUCUAUACACUUGGAUAUCUCUUGAUAUAGAUAUUUUACACAUCACAUCACAUACAGUUCUAGACACAGACGUAUGCAGAUAUCAAUAUAGACAUUGAUAUUAAUAUCUGAACAUUUGCUUACACUCUUUUAUAAACAUACUCAAACAUACUUUAAAAGGUAAAACACACUCUCAGUGACAUACACACACAUCACACAUGUAUAUUCAAAUUUACAAAUUAGACAAAACAAUGUUCAAUUUAUAUUACAGAGUUUUUUUUUUUU